UUUUUGAUACCUAUAAGGCUAUAAUUAUUAAUUAUACUCAUUAGACAUAUUUUCAAUUUUGUUAGUUUGUUUAUUAUUUAGUUGUACCUCAUUAAUUGCUUAUUUUUAAUAAAUAUUUUAAUAUUCUAUUUCAUUAAAAAAAUUUUAGUUUUAGUAUUCUGUAAAUAUCGAGCAAACUCAAUUUAUUAUCAAAUCAUAAAUCUCUUAUGUAGCUUAUUGUGACGAGUAAAAACAUUAACCAUUAACUUUAUUCUUUUUUUUUUCAUUGACAACAUUCUAAUAUGUUGUCAUCAAUCGAACUACAACCACCUAAUCAAACACUGAGGCUUGUGGACAGAGACCGGUUGGUUGCCCAGCGUGUAAGAGUAAUAUCUGACGAAAAGCUUAUAUCCAAAAUAGUAGAAACGGCUAGGCCGCAACAAAAUUUGUUGAACAAUUUUAGUGACUUGACCACUGAUUUUGAUAUCAUUCAAAAUUCAAACAGCGAUGAUCUAAUAGACUUAGGCAAUAGUCAAAUGUCAUCAUUUUUUCGCGAAUUUUCAGAAAAUCAAAAAACAUUGUGCAAAGAAGAAAAAAAAACAGCUUCCACUAACUAUAAGACUAUAAACGGAUUAGGAUUUUACUAUUGUGAUUCAUGUCCAUUUCUUUGUUUAAAUGUCAAAAUUAUUUUGGAGCAUAAUGAAAAAAGUGAUCACUUCCAUCAUUCUUCACUUAAAUCUUUAUUGAGAACAAAAUGUAUUGGAUGUGAUAACAUAUUUUAUUCAGUAAAUGUUCUUCGAUGUCAUUUGAUUGAAGACCAUGAUGUUUUAUCUGUUGAAGUUGAUGAAUUAGUACAGCUUGUAAUUGAAGCUAAUAAAGAAGACACUUUAUACAACAAUAAUGAAACAACUCAAACUGAAAACAACAAUUUAGCAGAUUUUAAUGAUGCAAUACUAGAUACUUCUGAAUUUGGUCAAAGAUCACAUUUCAUUGACACCCAAAACACAGGAGAAAAUAAUUCUGCUGAAAAUUAUCAUUCAAAUGAUGCUUGUGAUGAUUUUUGGGAGUAUCAAGAGCAAGUAUUUAAUGGACUUCAAGAAAAAAACAUCAUUGAAGAUACAAAUAUUAUAGAAAAACGUUUAAGGUGCACUAAUGGAAAGUGCAAAGUUAGAUUUGGCACAGAAGACAACUUGAUGUAUCAUACAAAAUGUCAUUUAGACGACAAAUUUAAAUGCGUAGAAUUCGAAUGUCAGUUUACUGAUUCCAAGUGGUUAUCUAUGAUGACACAUUUGUGGAAAAUUCAUAAUAUAGACAUGGAAAUGUUCGGUUGUAACCAAUGCGAAUUCAAAACAAAUAGUCUGUACAAAUUGAACACAUUUCAUAAAAAUAUUCAUAAACAAGAGAAACCAUUUUUGUGUCCUGAGUGUAAGAAAGGAUUCAAAUCGAUCAAACAACUCAGAAAUCACAAGGCGAUCCACGUAAAGACUGAGAGGCCGUCACCAAAGUUGGAGCUAACGUGCCCGCACUGUUGCCGCAACUUCGGCACCAAGCACCUGUUGCACCAGCACAUUGCCGGCGUGCACAUCGGGAUGCGGCCGUAUACUUGCCAAAUCUGUGGGUACGCGACCGCUGUCGCCAGCUCGCUGAAGCUCCACCAACGAUCGCAUAGCGGCGAAAAACCGUUUUCGUGCGACGAGUGUGGCUUCCGGACCGCAGAUCACAACACAUUACGCAAGCAUAAGAUGCGACACACUGGCCGGAAGAAUUAUACGUGCCCGCUGUGCGAUUACUCGUGUAUACAGGCCUCUUCGUACAAAAAUCACCUCAAAUCUAAACACCCGGGAAUGGACGACGGUUUCGUGUACAGUUGUAAUAUGUGUAAUUUCAAGACAAUUCGUAAAGAUAUGUAUAUGCUACAUAUUGUUAAACACAAGGAGGAAACGGUGCAAAUCAACGGCAUAUGCGAACCAAUCGUCAACUUGGAUGAAAUGCUCAAUGAAAAAGAAAAAAUACAAGCUGAAAUCGUCGAUCAACCGUAUUAUCCCUUUAACACUAUCAGAGUUAAGCCGAUAAACACGAUAAACAAUGAGACUGUGGAAAACACUAUCUAAAGGAAGUUGGCUUCAGUAACAAUGCCAAGUGAAUGGUAUUAUGGCACACAAUUUGUGCAGAGGAUUUGCAAAACAUUUUAUCAUCAAAGGAGUUUAAAACUGUUGCCUUUAAACAAUCAAUUAAUUGUUACUAAAUUUGACAUUCAACAAUGACAGUUUGAUUUCAUCAAUUUAUUUUGGAAAAAAUAAAAAAUUUUAAUUUUAAAA